GGGCGCGCCAACACAACAGGGGAGGUGAUCGGCGCCGUCUUCAUCCGCGCGCACUUCGGUCCGGAUAACGGGCGACUUUGUCUUCUUCCAACGACCAUCUUGGGCCGAAACGUCCGAAUUAUAACGAAUGCACGUGUACUACGUCACCGCAUAUUAUCCGGCCUGUCUGUGACGUCACGGCUGGGCGUCUAUCCCACCCGCACUCAUUGCGCUUGCGCGAUAGUACAAGGUGUCGUUAUGUGUGGUGAGGUCGGCACAGUCAACAAGGCGUCAUGGUUCGAACUCGUCACUGCUAAGAGGGACAGGGUGGGACAUGGUUUCCGCGUGGUCCACGUAAACAUCGAUACAAUCACAUCACCAUCCGACUCAGCAUGGAUUUUCAGUCGGCGAUGGAGACGUUCGCAGAAGCUUGGGUGGCUGCGAACACCCAAACACCGUUGACAGAAGCAGCUGAAGCUCAGGGUGUUCUUUUGGGUCAAGCUUCGUUACCUCCUUCGGCAUGUAUACACGACUUGACAACAGAAAGGAGAGAGAAACAAGAGGGAAAUGGAGAAAAUGGUAGUCGAGCCACGGGUUUGAGAAGUCCUGCUGCAGGAACAUGUCUCGCAACUCUUGCUGAUUUCCGUGGUAUAACCACAAAACUUCCCACAGGUAAAAGCAUUCCCAUCCAUUGCGUGGUCGAACAAAUUCAGAGCUGCAGUCAAGGGGGAGAACCGGUGGAGUUGGACAGUUAUGCCAUCGUGCCGGGAAGCGCCGUGUUUUCGGACUUAGUUCGAACGGCCCUCAUCAAAUUAGGGUAUUCUUCGUCCGAGGCCGUAGGCGCAAAGGGUGCUAUACAUAUUAAAAAUUGGAAACCGCUGACUCUGGACCAGAUUACUGAAUCACCAGAAGCUACCGUGGCUGAUAUUUUAGGAGAACUUGCAUCUGUAGCAACUCUUCAUAUUCGUCUCUAUAGUCGACCCAAGAUGAACACGGCUAAUGAAGUUAAAGAAAAAUUACUUCAAGUGCUUUUGGCUCAAUCCCAAACUCUUUUAAUCAACUCAGGUUGUCCUAUUGACCAAGUAAGAAAGUUUUUACAGAUACU